GUGAGGGAGUGGGUUUUUCGGCACUUAAAUUUGGUUUAUUUUCAUGGUACAUGGAGGGGUACAUUUUCUUGGUGGCACAGAAAUCGCAAUCGAGUGACUAAUCAGUGUUACCCAGGUGGUGAAAGCACCUACCUGAGUUGAUUAGAUUUGUAAAAACUGUUUAUGGAGUUGCAAAAGAGGCGCUCCCAAAAAAUCUUUCGAGGACUUCAAAUUUUCCAAAAGACUUUUAAACCCACCGGGCAUGACGCGAGAGGUGCGGAGAGUGAAGAACUUAUCAAAUUUUGUCGUAACUUGACACAUUUUAUCAAUACUUUUAAAACGGCGUGGAACCUCCCGAAGCUAGGCAACAACGAACUACUUCUCGAAAAUUAUGCGAGGUACCUCGGAGUAAUACUGGACAGCAAAUUGCUGUGGAAGCACAACGUUGAGGAGAGGGUGAAAAAGGCCAGUAAUGCGUUGUACGCAUGUAAAAGAAUGCUGGGCGUUACUUGGGAUCUAUCACCCUCUAUGAUGCAUUGGUGCUACACAGCAGUAGUCAGACCGAUACUGCUGUAUGGAACCUUAGUAUGGUGGACUGCGACAAAAACUUUGACAUACUUAAUGCCGCUGGAAAGGAUUCAACGACUCGCUGCUCUGUGCAUAACAGGAGCGAUGAAGACCACUCCAACGGCGGCGCUGGAAAUGAUACUCAGAAUGCCACCUAUUGACCUCAUGGCGGAAAACCUGGCAGCGAAAUCCGCGAGGAGGCUAAUGGCUGCAGGGGUAUUCACCUGCAGAACUUUCGGUCACAGCUCAGUAGGAAAGUGGAGCUCAGGUGGCACGGACUACAUGACUCCGUACUUUAAUUGGGAGAGAAGGUUUCGCACUACAAUUGAAGAGGAGGGAUGGCACAAAGGCAUGAAACCUGGCCAUAGAACUUUUCACAUCUAUACGGACGGCUCGAAAACUCCAGACGGAGUGAGAGCGGGUAUUUACUGCUCAAAACUAGGAAUAAGGCAGCCUAUCAAGCUGCCAGACCACCUAACCUUUAAAACGGCGUAAUAGAGCAAGUACAACUAAUAGCAUAUCUUGUGAAAACCAAAAGUGCUUUUAAGCGCAAAUUAUUCUUCUUAAGCAGCCGGUUUAGUGCAAUUUUUGACGAUGCUUAUAUCCCGUAAAUACUGUAUUUCAAAAUAAAUUAAAACCUUAAGCAUUUUAGUACUGCAAUAAAAAUAGUAGCAAAACUAAAAUAAAAUAAUGAAUAAAACUGAAAAGCCACCACUUGAAAAUGUUUUUGAAAUUAUAAAAUGCAAAAAUGAAAUUUCAUCAUAACGACCACACCUACCUGUACGCGUCGGCGCGCCACCUGUUUACGUGCCAAAUAGCCGCGGCAAUACGCCUGCAGUUGUAUGAUGCGAUCCGACAGCAAUUCAUCACGUUUCGCCUCCAAUUCACUCAAAACACCAGAACGGAAUAAAAUCUGCAAUGCAAAGAGAGAAAAACAGCGAUGAAAUUAGAAACACAAAUGAGCAAACAUAGAAAAGAAUAUAAAAGGUAGAAAUAAAUAAAUAAAAGAAUUUCAUUUGAAAUGGUUGGGUGUAGAAACUAUGCGGUGAUGCAAUAAUAAUAAAGUGAAAUAAUAAAACAUAGUUUGAUAUGCAUUUUGUUGCGGUUCUGCAAAACGAUAGAGUGAGCUGUUUUGAUCCCAAAUUCGCUUAUGAUGGAAGC